CCGGAUGUUUCACAACAUGGCGGCGGGCUGAGGGAAGUGCCUUUACCGACGGUCUGCCGGAGAACGGCAGAGUUACCGUCAAAGUGACGGGAUGUCUUCCCGAAUCACGGGUGUCGGUGGCACCGGGGAGCGGAGUUACGAGACGCCUGGUGCCCUGGAGGAUGCGAGGCCGGAAAGUGAGGGCGACGCGGAGUCGACGUCGUCCGCUGAGCUCACCACCGACACGGACUCGUGCUCCUCGCUUGAUCUUGAACCAGAGUGGCUGGAUGACGUGCAGACAAAUGGUGAACUAUUCUACCUGGAGCUCAGUGAAGGAGAGGAAGAUGUGCUGAUCCAAGCUAAUUCAACUUCAGCACAUCUGAUUAAUCAUGUCAGAUUUAGUGAGAAAGAAGCAGAAGUAAUUUUGGACCACGCAUCAAGGGAGUCUUGCAAACCUGAACACAAACUUAAAAAGCUUGCUAAUGUUUUAAAGAAAAAGAAAGUAAUACGCACGCAUUCUUGCAGCAAAGCCAAUGAACAAAGAAGUAGUCACCCUCCAGUACUUCCUUCAAUACUAAAGCAUCAGACAAAUCCCGAAGUUGGCUUUUCAGUUAAAUUGUCUUAUAAAGAUGUGUACGUUUAUGUUAAUCCAAAUAAAAUAAGUGACAAAUUGCUGAACAAAGGGACCAAGCUUCUGGAGGCCUUUGUUGGGAUUAUUAAUCAACCUUCACGAAGAAAACCAGUGGCAGGAAAGCAUUCUGAUAGAUCGGCAGACACAAAAAUAACAACAGAAGAGCGACUUGUUGUACACAGUUUGGCUGAUGGCAGUGCUGCUAUGAAAAAUGGUCAAAUAUUCAUUGGUGAUACUCUAAUUGCUGUGAACGAUGUGGAAGUGACUACUGAGAACAUUGAGCGGGUUUUAUCAUGUAUUCCAGGUCCAAUGCAGGUGAAAUUGACAAUUGAAACCUUGCGCCCUGAGCCCAUAGGAACUAGUCCAUCUUUCACACAUCCUACUAAACUGAUUCCCACUAAUAACAAUCUGGUGAAACUCUUGUGGGGUGAAGACACCAGCGAUCUCCAAAUGGAAAUUGGCAACAUUCCUCAUGUUGCUAUGUAUCUAAAUUUAAAGCUGGAAUCAGAAAGUUCAAAGGAAAAGCAAGAAAUUCUUUACCAGUAUCCGUUGACUAAUGUAUCCCAAAAGUUGAUUAAUGUUCGGGGCAUAUUUCUUACGCUCUGCGACAUGAUGGAAAAUAUAACUGGAGGACAAAUUAUAAGUUCUUCAUUCCUGCUGAAUGGAAAACUUAUCAACGUAGGUUAUUGGAAGGAAGGUAGCAAUUUGCUGCUCAUAGGACUGCCAGCUGAAAGGGUACCUCUUCCACAGCUCGGGAACAUGAUCAAGAAUGUUGUGAGAACCUUGAAGUUUAUGUACAGCUCAUUAGACAGUGCCUUUUGCAAGAUGGACAAUGUUCCCCAGUUAGACCACUUUUUCAAUCUGAGCUUCCAACGAGCUAUUCAGCCAGCCAAGUUAAACUGCAACACAAGUCCCAGUUCCCAGUGUUUCAGUAUUUCAAGCACAUUAUUUUCAGACAGCCUGCCUGGAGUUCGGUGGCUAACAUUACCCCAGGAUAUCAAAGUGGACAUUGAUACAGCAAUGAGUGAUCUAGAAUCAGCAGACUUUGGAGAAUUGUCUGAAGAUUAUUUUGGCAUUCGACGACUGUAUGUGAUACGAGGUUCUUGUCUUUUCUUCAAGGGUUACUUGAUUGGUAGUCAUUUGCCCAAAGAUGACCUCCUUGACAUCUCACUUUACUGCCAGCAUUAUUGCUUGCUACCCCUCGCAGCAGAGCAAAGGAUUGGUCAGCUGAUCAUUUGGCGUGAGACAUUCCCAUGUCGAUACCUUCCAAGAAAUCACAAGCUGAUCAUUGAGAACUAUCAAGAGCCAAAAGGAAGACAGUUUUUGCUAAUUGUUGGUUUGAGACAUUUGAUGAUGUGUGUGCUGCUGGAAGCAGGAGGAUGUGCAUCCAAAGUAAAUGGAAAUCCAGGACCUGACAGUGUUUAUGUUGAUCAAGUUAAAACCACCUUACUUCAGCUUGAAGGACUAGAAGCCAGAAUACAAGAAAGACUUGAUAGUCCCUCCAUUGCAUGUUUGUCAUGUGCUGAUUGGUUCUUUCCUUCUUCUCGUGAUAAGUUUGAAAGUUCUCCUAUUAUUAGCAAGUUUCAAGGUGCAACUAAAUCAAUUCAAUCACCAACAAGCCGAAGGGCACUAUUUGGAGACUCCAGCCAAAGGAUGCAGAAAUCCAGUCCUCCAAGGAACACUGGUGUCUCUGAUAUUGCUAGUGAAAGACAUGGAGGUGCUGGUUCCUUCAGUAUGAACUUUAGUCCAUAUUCUACAUCUGACACAGUCAAGAGGCUUUCUCGAAGAGAAUCCCAAGGGUCUGGUGGAUCUGAAGGCAGUGGAAGUAUAUUUAAGAGCAAGAAGAAACAAAACUUUCCCAAUCCAUUUUAUCUGGGAAGCAUGAAAAAAAGCCUUUCCGAGUCAGAGACGGAAGAAAUAUACAGCAUAACAAAAUUGACAUCAGGCACAGAAAAUACUCUAUUUUAUUAUAUUUCAUUAGAAACAACGCAAGGGAUAUUCAUAGCACCAACACACACAGAGGUUUCACAGCUCAAUGGUUCCGUUCACUCACAGCUAAUCAAAAACUUCCAUCGCUGUUGUUUAUUGAUACGGUCAGUCUUCCAACAAACCUUGGACCAACAGGAAAGGAAAUACUCCAAUAUUGUUGACAAUUCAAGUCAAAUGAAUGUGAGGAAAAAUAACGUAGGGCUUGGUACAGUAAAAGAACAUGGUGUCUUAUUCCAGUGCAGUCCUGAAAACUGGACUGAUCAAAAGAAACCACCACCUAUCAUGUCCUACUGGGUUGUUGGAAGACUUUUAGUAGACCCUCAUCCUCAAGAGUUUUAUGUGUGUUUCCAUGAUUCUGUGAUGGAGAUUGCUGUGGAGCUUGCUUUCAAACUGUCUUUUGGAUUAAUUACAUAGUGAAAUGCUGGUCUACGUACAUUUCAGUUCAUUGACACAUUCCAAAAUGUUCAGAAAACUAGACUUAUGAAAAUUGCAUGAUUCAUAAAUUUUGUUAAUGAAACAAGUAUUCUAUAUUUAUACAGUCACUGUGAUUGCUAACUGACUUGUCAUGGCUUAUC